GAAAUUUCCGGUUCAAGGCUGCUAUUGAGAACUUCCACUCUGGCAGCCCAUGGGCCAAGUUAGUGACCGAAGUUCGUGAUGGGCAGAUGGAAUCUUUUUGCAGUUUUCCUUGUCGCUUCGGCUGGGCAAUUGCUAACGGAAGAGGUGGAUUUUCAUGGUGGGUUUUCCAUGAUACAACGACAACAACGACAAGUUCUGGUGGAAAGUCGCCCGAAACCCUGGGAUGUUCAUCGCUAUGUCCUCGCCAACUUUCACAAAGCCGGUGUUCACCUCACAGCAGGAAUUUUCUUCAGCAUUUUUGCAGCGCUGGGCGUCCCCCCAACUUCAGUUGGAAAUGUGGUCUAUCCGUGCUCUCUGGUGAACACUUGCUUUAACUCGGACGCACCGGUGCGGCAAAUGACAGAUAGCUACAACGCCUCUUAUGCACAGAAGGAGCGCAAACAGAAAAACCGUGCGCCGCUGUACACAGCAAUUUCAGUCAGGGAUCCUUUGGUGAUGGUAGCGUCUGCGUAUUGCUACCAUCGCGACGGCCAUGAACCUUUGAACAAGCUCGUACCAGAAAAAGAACUUCACGGCCUUGGCUUCGCAGAUGGCGCCCAGUUCACAGCAGACAGGAUUCUCCCCUUGAUCCAAGACAUAGUGGGAUCUUUAGAUGAUCCAGCAAACCACACCCAUGUGCUGAGUUUUGAAAGACUGACUGAAUCCUCUGAAAGCUUUGACAAGGAAGUGCAAGAUUUCAUGGAUUUCAUGUUUCCCGAUGAUCUUAUCACGGAAGAUGAACGCCAACAAGCUUUGAAGGCUGCUACUGCCUUUGACGCUCGACGCAACCCCUCAGCCACCGAAAUGGGGCACUCGAAUAGCAAAGACUGUGAGCGGAAAGCCCUAGCCGCCAUCUUGCAGAUGAAACCCGGUAUGCUCAGGACCCUGCAUGAGUUGCGCGCGAAACUGGGUUACAAUGGCAGUCCCAGCAUCCAUUGACGGGCAUCUUUUGAGCCUUGAAAGAUUGAAUCCCUAGUUUGGUUUCAAGAUGACUUUUGGCCACUGCAAAAUGAAGGCCAGCUCGUUGUUCA